CAGGAUAAGGACCCCCCCGGCUCCUUUAGUAUCCCCCCGUGCCACCCUCCCUUCACUCCAACCCCCCACUGUGGAUCAUCGUAUGGUUUGUGCUGCUCCCAUGGGACCUGAAGAGAAGAAGCACAAGAAGUGCUGCCCUCUCAGGAGGUCGAGGAAAGGCUGCAUGAAAGGCAAGGGUGGGCCUGAGAACCAGGCCUGCGCCUUCAGAGGCGUGAGGCAGAGAACCUGGGGGAAGUGGGUCGCCGAGAUCCGCGAGCCAAACCGUGGCGCCCGCCUCUGGCUCGGGACCUUCAACACCUCCCUCGAGGCCGCCCAGGCCUACGACGCCGCCGCCCGCAGCCUCUACGGCGAGUGCGCGCGGCUCAAUCUCCCCGAUUCGUCCUCUGUCAGAUCGGCAUCGACCACGCCGGUGUCGAUCAAGUCGGACUCUCCGAGCCAGUCGCCCGCUACCAGUACCAGCGAGUCGAGGGUGAGCUUCCCUGAUAGCACCAUGGAGUCGCCCACCUAUUUCUACAACGGCGGCGGUGGCGGCCUUAAUGAUUUAGAUGAUUAUGUCACGAGGUUGCCAAAGGCUGAGGAUUUUGGGCUGGAGGCUUUCCAGGAUGUGCCGCUCUUCGAUGAUGUCGGAUAUUCGAAUCCAGGCUUUGACGGGGAGCUGAUGAAUUUUGAUGCUUUGCAACUGUCUUGGUGUCCUUGAGCAGCUUGAUCUAUGGUAGAUGGUGUGUUUGUGUGUAUGCGUGCCUGUCUGUGAAUCUUUGUGGAUCGUUAGGGAUUUCUAUAGCAUAUAUAUAUAUAAGCCUGUGGGAUGAUGUAAAUUAGCAUGUCGUAAAGUGUCGUAAACAGUCAUCAGUCACCAGCAUCCCUUUUAUUUGGCGAUGCCCCUCUGGUGAUAGUUCCUUCUAUAGAUAUAGACGACUACACUUUUCUAUAAUAUGGUCUUUCAUGAGCA